ACUGGACACGAUGGCUCAAUUGCUCCAUAGCAUCCAGGAGUCGAGCCCGGCCAGCAUAACACCACACCCGCCCACGACUCGGCGUCACCUCUCCACGUCCCCCCCUUUUGACGCUGACGGCUGGCCAGCUCGCGAACACCACAACCUCCACGCCUGUUGCCAGCUUCGCCUUGCCACCCCCAUCUUGGACCAGCCCUGGUCUGCGACCCCCUCCUCCCUAAAGCACGAAGCUGCGGCUUCUCCUCCCCGCCAAAAUGCAGUCUUCACCCGGCAUGUUGACCAAGUUCGAGUCCAAAUCGUCGCGGGCAAAGGGCAUUGCUUUCCACCCCAAGAGACCAUGGAUCCUGGUGUCGCUCCAUUCGUCCACUAUCCAGCUUUGGGAUUAUCGAAUGGGUACAUUGAUCGAUCGAUUCGAGGAACACGAUGGACCUGUUCGAGGUGUCGAUUUCCACAAGACCCAGCCACUAUUUGUGUCUGGUGGUGACGACUACAAGAUCAAGGUCUGGUCUUACCAGACUCGCCGGUGCUUGUUCACUCUGAAUGGCCAUCUCGACUACGUUCGAACCGUCUUCUUCCACCAUGAGCUGCCGUGGAUUCUUUCGUCCUCAGAUGACCAAACCAUUCGGAUAUGGAACUGGCAAAACCGAUCCCUGAUCUGCACCAUGACUGGCCACAACCAUUACGCAAUGUGCGCCCAAUUCCAUCCAAAAGAGGAUCUUGUUGUUUCUGCGUCCCUGGAUCAGUCGGUUCGCGUUUGGGAUAUCUCUGGGCUCCGAAAGAAACACUCAGCGCCCACCUCGAUGAGUUUCGAGGACCAGAUGGCUCGUGCCAACCAGAACCAGGCCGAUAUGUUUGGAAACACGGACGCCGUUGUCAAAUUUGUUCUCGAAGGCCAUGAUCGCGGUGUGAACUGGGUGGCCUUCCACCCGACGAUGCCGUUGAUAGUGUCUGCUGGCGACGACCGCUUGGUUAAGCUCUGGCGUAUGAGCGAGACCAAGGCCUGGGAAGUUGACACUUGCAGGGGCCACUUCCACAACGCCUCGGGGUGCCUGUUUCACCCGCACCAGGACCUGAUUCUGUCUGCAGGUGAGGACAAGACCAUUAGAGUGUGGGACUUGAACAAGAGAACUGCUGUUCAAUCUUUUAAGCGGGAAAACGAUCGGUUCUGGGUUAUUGCAGCCCACCCUGAGAUUAACCUCUUCGCCGCCGGACACGAUAACGGCGUCAUGGUCUUCAAGCUCGAGCGCGAACGUCCCGCCUCAGCCACGCACCAGAGCAUGCUCUUUUACAUCACCAAGGAGAAGCACGUCAAAUCAUACGACUUCCAAAAGAACGUGGAGAGUCCGACCCUUCUCUCACUGAAGAAGCUGGGGAGCCCGUGGGUUACCCCUCGCACCCUGUCUUUCAACCCGGCCGAGAGAUCGGUCUUGGUCACGACCCCCGCCGAUGGUGGCUCCUACGAGCUAGUCAACCUUCCCAAGGAUGGAUCCGGGGCGAUCGAGCCCACCGAAUCGAAGCGCGGCUCUGGAAACUCAGCCAUCUUCGUUGCCAGGAAUCGUUUUGCCGUCCUAGAUACAUCGAACCAGACCAUCGACAUAAAAGACCUGUCCAACAACACCACCCGUUCUUUCAAACCACCGACAGGAACUACGGAUAUUCACUUCGGCGGCACGGGUAGUUUGCUCAUUCUAGCUCCGACGGCUGUCUAUCUUUAUGAUAUCCAGCAAAAGAAGAGCAUUGCCGAGCUUGCUGUGAACGGUGUGAAGUACGUUGUGUGGUCAAACGACGGUCUCUACGCCGCGCUUCUGAGCAAGCACAAUGUGACAAUUGUCACCAAGACCCUCGAGCAAGUUAGCACUCUUCACGAGACCAUCCGUAUCAAGAGCGCUACGUGGGAUGACGCCGGCGUCCUCUUAUAUUCCACGCUGAACCACGUCAAGUACACGCUACUCAACGGCGAUAACGGCAUUGUCCGUACUCUGGACCAAACUGUCUAUCUGGUGCGCGUCAAGGGCCGCAACGUCUAUUGUCUCGACCGGGCAGCCAAACCUCGGGUUUUGCAAAUCGACCCUACGGAGUAUCGCUUCAAACUUGCAUUGGUCAAGCGAAACUAUGAGGAGAUGCUUCACAUUAUCCAGACCUCGAGCCUCGUCGGCCAGUCAAUCAUCUCCUAUUUGCAAAAGAAGGGCUACCCUGAGAUCGCCUUGCAAUUUGUCCAGGAUCCAACCACUCGUUUCGACCUAGCCAUCGAGUGUGGCAAUCUGGACGUUGCUGUUGAGAUGGCAAAGGAGCUUGACAAGCCCAAGUUCUGGUCUCGACUGAGCAUCGAGGCACUGGCUCAUGGCAAUCAUCAAAUUGUUGAGAUGUGCUACCAGAAGCUGAAACAAUUCGACAAGCUGUCGUUUUUGUACCUCGCCACGGGCGACCACUCGAAGCUUGCCAGGAUGGCCAAGAUUGCUGAGCACCGAGGCGAUUUCUCCUCGAGGUUCCAUAAUGCGCUCUACCUGGGCGAGGUCGAGGAUCGUAUUCAAAUGUUCAAGGAGAUUGAUCUUUACCCCUUGGCUUACAUGACAGCCAAGUCCCACGGUUUGGAGGAGGAAUGCCAGGCUAUACUCGAGGCCACUGGCAUCACCGAAGACCAACUCACGACACCUCCCUUGGGCGAGUCGUUGGCGCCUCCUAAGCCGGUUGUUCCUACGUUUAGGAACAAUUGGCCGACGAAGGCCAGCUCACAGUCUUUCUUCGAGAAGGCGCUCCUCGGCCAGGUAGAAGGACUUUCGCUCGAGGAUGAGCCACCGCGUGGCGAUGUUACGGGCUUCGAGGAUGGUAUGGCGCCCGAUGGCAUGGCGAAGCGCAAUGGUGCAUUGGCUGAAGAUGAUGAAGAGGAUGUUGCUGGCUGGGACAUGGGCGACGACGACGUGCCUGAGGCUGACAGCGACUUUGUCAACGUUGACAGUGCCGAUGCAGGCGGCGCAGGGAGCAGCGAAGCCGACCUUUGGGCCAGGAACUCACCCUUGGCCGUCGAUCACAUCGCUGGUGGCUCAUUUGAAACCGCGAUGCAGCUUUUGAACCGCCAAGUUGGUGCGGUUAACUUUGCGCCACUGAAACCUCGAUUCCUAGAGGUGUACCAGGCGUCUAAGACGUUUCUACCUGCUUCAUCGGGCCUGCCGCCUUUGAUCAACUACAUCCGUCGCACAAUCGAUGAGACAGAUCCACGACAGGUCCUCCCUAUCGUGCCGCGGGAUUUGGAGCAUCUCGCCACGAACGACUUGCAAAGAGGUUUCGACUCGAUGAAGUCGAACAAGCUGGAGGAUGGCGUCAAUCUGUUCAAGGGUAUCCUCCAUGCCAUCUUGGUCAACGCUGUGUCCAGCGAGAGUGAGGUUGCGGAGGCGAAGAAGCUUGUUACAUCCGCAAGCGAAUAUGCUGUCGCCAUGAACAUUGAGCUUGCGCGGAGAAAGCUUGGCGCCCCUGACGUUGUCGCCCAGGACCCCGCAAAACACAAGCGAAGCCUGGAGCUUUCAGCAUACUUCACGAUCCCCAAAAUCGAGGUGCCACAUAGGCAGCUGGCCCUGUUGUCCGCCAUGCAGCUGGCGGUGAGGAACAAGAACUAUAACUCGGCGCUGAGCUUCGCCAACCGCAUCAUCGCGAAUGGCGGCUCAAGCAAAAUUGUUGAGAACGCCAAGAAGACGAAGGCGCAAUGCGAGCGAAACCCUAACGAUGCCAUCGACAUCGAGUUUGACCAGUUCGCCGAGUUUGAGAUCUGCGCCGCCAGCCACACUCCCAUCUACAGCGGCACGUCAUUCGAGGAAUGUGCGUUUGACGGGUCCAAGUACCACUCCAAAUUCAAGGGCACUGUCUGCCGGGUGUGUGAAGUAUGCGAAGUUGGCAAGCAUGGAAGUGGCUUGAAGUUGUUUGCGUAGAUGAAUAAUGAUGUUACGGGAGAAUUAGAUGCCAAUGCAGAGUGGUGGAAAAGGGGACAGGGUAGAGUGGCGGGUGCGGAAGACAUGACCUGUGCCUGGUGGCAGGAGCAAGAGAGAGCAGUGGACUAGGCGUGAUGGCAUGCGAGUCGUUUGGCCGCGCCGUGCAUCUAUCUAGUCUGCCGUGCCGGAGGUAAAAAUGAAUUGACCUUUUUUUCGGAUCACCCCCAAUAAAAGAUGAUUUGACAGCC